AUGAUUGGUCAACCAAAUCUUCUCAACAAUCUCAAUGGUAAUUAUCAAACCAUUGGUUUUGGUAAUUAUGGUUAUGGAAUCUAUACACAAGAGAGUGGAAUGUAUAUCAAUCCAUGGGAUGGACACAUUGGUGUAGAACGUGAAGUAGAUUUUACUCCAUUAGAUGUAUAUCACUAUCAACCAAUCACGGGUAUUCCAGCAUCUAUUCGUCAACAUUAUAUUAGUUAA